ACUGAAAGGAGUUGACGGGAGAACGACGAGAAGAAGGCAUUGCACUCAAAAAUGAGCUCGAGAAUCUCAAUGAGAGAAUUACCCUCUCCGAGUGUCAGUCGCGCACGGGUGCCGUAUUGGUGAAGACGUGUGAAAGUCCGGUUCAAGAAUAGAGUUUCCCCUUAGUCGAGCAUUGGUCUUCGAAGGUUGAAAACGGUCAUCGACAAGAACAUAUCAAAAUAGUGAGGAGAAAUUCGAUUUCUCUCUUCUACUUUUUCCAAGUGGAAGCGGCUCAACAUGGAGUCCUUGGUGCUUUGCCCCGAGGAGCUCAGCCUCGCUCCAGUGGUCACCAAUUCGGCUAUUGGGAUCUCUCCCCCACCCGCAGACUUGACCAUUUGGAGCAUUGAAAAGCUGCAGAAAGGGAACAAGUUCCUUCCCUGGAAAGGAACAGUCAGGAGUGACAAAUUGCCAGUGUUCGAUAAGCUCCCAGAAUUUGAUGUAAGACAUCGAUUCGGUUUGUAUGACGAGAUCUCGGAAGUCGUCGGUCGAAAGAUUCGACAAUGCAAUUGGAUCCGAUUUCUCCGCUACUCCUUGGUGUACAAUGAUUCAGUGAACCUCAUUGGCACCAAGGGUCCCACCGGGGAGCCCAUCUUCGAAUUGAUCAAGGAUAUUGAUCCCAAAACUGAACUCGUUUGCUUCUUUGUGCCAGAGCGACCAGAGGAGACUUUCCUCCUACCCGCCAUCCAGUACUUGAGACACACUCUCUUCAAGAGGCUGGUGGACAAUGUCUUGGAAGAAAGCCCCUUGGACUUGUCCACCUCUUUAGUGUCCAAAGUAUUCCCUGUCUCGCCAACCCACUCUGAUGGUCGCAAAUCAGUGUCCAGCGAUUGCACAGUCUCAACCAAUGAGUCUGAAUCCGCGGCCUCCAAUGCCGCCAUGUCAGCCGCGGCUGCAGCCAUGUUUUCCAAAAGCCUAUUAGUGCCGCCUAGUUCCACUAUGCUGCCCAAGUCGACUCGUGCCAAAUCUCCUCCACAUAUCCUCUCGAUUGAGUCGCUCACCUCCAAAGUGUCACACCCGACCCCUCCAAGUCCUCCCAUGAGUGUGGGAGACUCUCUGGCCAAGUUCUUACCCUCUCCCACGGCCCCAAUUGUCACUUCCGCAGCCUCCACUCUGAAUAACAAUGUCUCGACACGUGUUCCCGCGGUGAGAAGGAGGGAGAAGAACAUGCUGCCCUGUAAUUAUUGUGGCAAGGCCUUCGACCGCCCUUCGCUCCUAAAGCGACACAUCCGGAUCCACACCGGAGAGCGACCCCACGUUUGUGAUAUUUGUAGCAAAGGCUUCUCCACAUCGUCUAGUUUGAACACUCACCGACGAAUUCAUAGUGGGGAAAAACCUCAUCAAUGUGGGGUUUGUGGUAAGAGGUUUACCGCCUCCAGCAACUUGUACUACCACAAAAUGACGCAUGUCAAGGAGAAGCCCCAUAAGUGCACAAUGUGCUCAAAAUCAUUCCCCACACCGGGAGAUCUCAAAUCCCAUACGUACGUCCACACAGGAACGUGGCCGUUUAAGUGCCAUAUUUGCCAUCGAGGCUUUAGCAAGCAAACCAAUCUCAAGAACCAUCUUCUACUUCAUUCAGGUGAUAAACCCUUCAAUUGUGAUAUUUGCCACAAAAAGUUUGCCCUGUCAUGUAAUCUAAGAGCCCAUCUGAAGACUCACGAAGCCGAAUAUCAAAACUCCGCGGCGUCCUUGGCGCUAUACCAAAGAGCCUUGGCCGUGUUGGGAUCUCAAGCAGCGGCGGCUGCGGCCGCGUCCUCUGAGGAUCAAGGCUCUCCGGCUUCAAAUGAGGAGGAUAACAUGGAAGAGGACGAUGAGGAGGGCAGUGAGUCGAGAAGUCGUCAGAGUGCCUCUCCCUCAGAUUUGAAGAAAACCCCACCUACCAGUGCCAAUUCAUCUCCCUCUAGAUUGGAGUUCACAAAGCAGCUGACAGUUGCUGUGUGAUCAAUUAAAUAUUAUGAUUUGUACAGAUUUGGUACCUAUGAGCCAAGCUAUUUUACGAGAAAAGCCAAAAAUUCUAGUCACGUUGUUCUCAAUUAUAACCUAGUAUGUUUACACUUGUUAUUUGACAAUGUUCUUAAUAAAUUGAAUUCCGCGCAAUCAA